GGCUCGGCGCCACGGAGAGGGAGGAGGGAGGGCGCGCAGUCCCAGUCCAGAGCUUCAAAACAGUCCGGCGGCCUCGCCUCGCGCCCCAGCCCGACUGUCUGUCCAGCCGCCAGCGUCCGCACAUCUCCUCUGGGCUUUAAACGCUACUCCGUGAGCCACCGUGCCCCGUGAAAAUGUUGGUGCUUCUGGCUUUCAUCAUCCUCUUCCACAUCACGUCUGCGGCGUUGCUUUUCAUUGCCACCAUCGACAACGCCUGGUGGGUAGGAGAGGAGUUUUUUGCAGAUAUCUGGAGAGUAUGCGUGAACAACACGAAUUGUACAGAAAUCGAUGACUCCAUUCAAGAAUUCUCCACAGUGCAGGCAGUCCAGGCCACCAUGAUCCUGUCCACCAUUCUCUGCUGCAUUGCCUUUCUGAUCUUCGUGCUCCAGCUCUUCCGCCUCAAGCAGGGAGAGAGAUUUGUUUUAACCUCCAUCAUCCAGCUUAUGUCAUGCCUGUGUGUCAUGAUUGCAGCUUCCAUUUAUACAGACCAGCGCGAAGACAUUCACAAGAACAACUCAAGACUGUACGCCCUGACCUCGGACGGCAGCUAUGGCUACUCCUUCAUCCUGGCCUGGGUGGCAUUUGCUUUCACCUUCAUCAGCGGCCUCAUGUACCUGAUACUGAGGAAGCGCAAAUAGAGCCCAGGAGCUGGGUCGCUUUCGCUGCGUACAGAAUCCACGUUCAGAUAACCGUUUUGUAUAUAAUCAAUUUUUUUUGUGGUUUUUCUAGCAAACACAUUGUUUCCUUUAAAAGCCAAAAGAAGAGAAGAAUUUUUGCAUUCUUGAGAUCAGAGAAUAGACUAUGAAGGCUGGAAUUCAGAAAUCCUGCCCAUCCGAAAGACUCAACACAACAAAGCCAAAAAUCCAGCAAUGCUCAAAUCCAAAAGUGUUCAGCAGGAUCUUUCUUAACCAUGGGGAUGUCAUGUGAUGUGACAAGAGGCCAAGAAAGCCAGGUCUCGGGGGACAUCUUCCCCUAGGUUUGGGCUACGCUGAGCCCCCCUCACCUCAGCUUCCCUUCCUGAAUCUCUCUGUGUUAGUGGUAGAAGGUGGAGUGAGGGGGGUCCAGGUAAGGGAGGAAACCUCCUCAGAUGUUUAGCCACGUUCUACAUGAGAAACAGGUAUAGCCCCUGGUGUUCUGUCUACAUCCAGACCAGAGCCUCGACCCUCCUGUAAUGGGCUGGGUCCAGAAAGUGCCACCAGAUUUGCUGACAAAGUCACCUGCUUGCCUUAGGGAAGGUGAGUUUUAACCUGGGUUUCAGAUUUAGGCUCACCCUAAUCUCAGCAUGUGACCCCUAGGGCACCUUGUAAAAUGCAGGCUAUAUCACGGUCCCUCCCUAGACCUACAGAAUCAGUCUUCAGGGAUGAGGCCGGGGAACCUGCAUUUCUAACAAGCUCCUUGGUGAUGCUCAGGUGCCUUAAGAUUGAAGACCACGGUCCCAGGGCCAGGUGAGCAGAGCUGCCUCACAAAUGUUAAAGAUCUCAUCAUGUCGAGAUGGGGAGGUGGGUCUAGACGCCACUGGAGGCCCAAACCUUGGCCUCCAUCAGCUAUUCAUUCUUCACUGUCUCUUGCACCGCUGCUCACAUCUGGACCACCCAAACUCCAGUCCCAGGCCUUGAUCCCGAUAGCCAGACACCCUGGGAUGGGGGUGCAGCCUCCUCCCUACCCGAAUUCAGGAGGCCUUUUCCUUCUCUCCCUGGCCUGCCUUCAAGACUGCCUGGCCUCUACUAACCCCCAUUUCUGGAGCCUCAGAGGACCAUUCACCAUUCCUUCGUUCAUCCGUCAACAUAAAUGAUGGGAUGCUUGUGCCAGGCACAGGGGAAACCAUGUCGAGACAGUCUCUCUCCUCGUGGGGCUCAUUGUCUAGCGGAGGAGACAGAUUAAAAACCAAUUAGGAAAACGAAUUACAAAGAGCAGUCAAGGCUGCAGAGAACACAACCAAGGAUUCAGAAGAGAGGCCCGUGGGGUGGGCGGGAGGGAACCUGCCCUAUGCCUGCCUGUGAAAAGCAUUUAGGAUUUAGAUCAGCCUAAAUAUCACUCCACUCAGCCCGAGCAAGGUGGCACUGAUGGGGCGGUGCUGUGUGCGUUACACCCGGAGAACACUUCCUUCCCUGGAGGGGCCCAGGGUCCUGACAGCGAACGAAGCCCUGGGAGGGUCCCAGAUUGCCGUGGUUCUCAAACUUCAGUGGGUACAAGUGCCUCUCGGGAGAUGCUGCCUGCUAGGGUCUGGGUAAGUGCCGCCAGGGAUUCAGAGACUGUACUGAGGGGUAGGGCUCUGGGGAGCUGGUCCUCAGUGCUGUGAGGUGUGUGGCAAUGCGGGGACCUCGGGAAGUGCCUACGGGAGAAGCUCUUUGCACCUCACUGUCUUUUCCCUUGUGUGUCGUGAGCCUGCUGCGGGGAGGUGCGCCUGGGACCCGUCUGCGCAUGUCAGCACUGGCACCAUGUAACUGACCUUCUGCUACGUGGGGCAGUGGUUUGCCCUCAGUGCAGUUCCAGUGGAGCUGGGGAAAUGCCUGCUUUGAGUCGUUUAGGGCCACCGUGGAUACCUCUUUAGUGCAGGAUUGGGUUUUCUCUCCAUCUACCCAUUCACUCAUUCAUUCAUUCGGCUUCAACAGAAUAUUAAAUGCUUACUGUGUUCCAAGCACUGUGCAAGGCUCUGAAAACACAGGGGCAAGCAAAUCCAGACAUCUUGCCUGAGACAGGGCCCCUCCCACAGGGAGGCCACCAGCACAGUACAGGGGGACAUGGGGCCAGAGGCAGGACAAAUGGUCACUUCUUGCCUCAAUGGAAAACUGUCAUUAGUCCUGUUUUGGGUAGGAGUGCGGGUCACACCCCUGGGGUUGGCAGGAUGCUUCGUAUACCUCGUGGAGGAAGGUGGGUCUAAGUGCCCCAAGCUUUCUGCUCAGGCGGCUUUUCUAUAAUUCCCUGGUAGUCACAAUGGAAACAAACAAAACCCCUUAGAACCAGAAAUCUGGAAAGCCUUAUCCCCAAGCAAUGCAUGAAUUUCCUUCCCCAAAAAACUUCAGGAGUGGGUAUCUGAAAUGACCCAUGGAUUUUCCUGGCUGGUCUCCACUACUGUUUAGCAUUCAGCGCCCACGUCCAUCUGUGAUGCCGGGGCUUUUUGCGAAACAGGAGUGCUGCCUUUCCCCCUGUGGUGUGACGUGCCCUGGGGAGGUGGGAAAGAGGGGAUGGCAUGAGUGAGAAAGUACCCAGCCUUCUUACCCGUCAGUAGGUUCAGCCCUUACUUGGUGCUUAUGAUCAGUUAUUCACAGACAACAACAAAGACAAUUAGCUAAGACAUCCAAGAAGCGAAUAUUAGGACCAAAUAUAUUACUGGUAACAACUGCAUUUGAGGGAACUAUAGUUUGCAUAUUUUAGGACAUUUUUAUAAAGUACUGUAAUUCGUUCAUUGAGGGGCUAUGGAUGGAGACAGACUAACUCAUUUUUGUUACUUGCAUUAAAAUUACUUCGGGUCUCUGUUCAAAUGAGUUUGGAGAAUGCUUGAUUUGUUGCUCUGCGUGAAUGUUGCGCAUACCCGAAUACAGGGAAAUUGGAGACAUCCCCCCACCCUGCCACACACUCUGUGCUAUGGGUUGUGUGCCUGUGCGCAUCCCUAAUCAGGCUGAAGUCCUAGGAUGCUCUAUAUUCACUGGUGAUGAAGAAACCUAGACCCCCAAGCCCAUACGUAAGCACACUAAACACGGUAGCUUGAAUAGAAGCUGUAGCAUCAUUUAAAAUCUGCCUGGGUGGGAAUUACUAAACUUGCUAAUAGUUGAAAGGUUACUUGCAAUACAGCAAGUUGGAUAGUUUUGUAUAUUGGGGGGCAGUGGUGAUGGGGAGAUGCUAGGGAAAGGCGUAGAGAUUAAGUUUGAAUCUUGGUCGGGGGACAAAUGUGAUUUUAGGGUAGUUAGAUACUUUCUACUUAAUGUGCCUUUAAAGUAGUCCAUUUUCUAUGUUUUGUAUAAUCUGAAACUGUACAUUGAAAAAUAAAGUUUAAAACCAAAUUGCCC